AUGUCCCCUGCGCUGCCAGAUAUACCGCCUGUACGCUUCAUCGAACCUCGCCACUUGGUGUUCGGCGUCAUAGGUUAUGGCAUCUAUCUGCUCUGUCAUAAGCUGUUUCUCUGGCCGUACUUUCUCUCGCCCUUGAGACAGGUGCCAGGCCCACCUCUUGGCCAUCCUGUUUUUGGUCAGUCUGGGACCAUCAUUCGCAGCGAAACGGGCAUUCCACAACGCGAGUGGGUGAAGAAAUAUGGGCCUGUCGUCCGAGUCAUUGGCCCCGUAGGAAUUGAGAGGAUGAUUUUCAUGAGACCUGAGGCAUUGCAUCAAAUGCUCGUCAAGGACUGGCUCGAAUAUCCUCGCCCUGGCUUCCUUCGAAACAUCUUGGGCCUUGUAACGGGAUAUGGACUCCUGACUGUCACUGGCAAUGACCACAAGCAAAUGCGGAGAGCAAUGAAUCCCGCAUUCUCUAUCCCUAAUCUAAUGGCCCAAAUACCCAUGUACUUUGAGCCCAUUGACGGCUUGGUGGACAUUCUGAAGUCGCAAAUAAAGCCUGGUGAAGCAAAACAAAUCUAUGUUUACGAAUGGUUGAGCAAAGUGACGUUAGAUAUCAUCUGCGAAACCGCGUUUGGCUACAAGGCCGAUUCGCUGCACAACCCACACAACGAGCUCGCAGAAGCCUAUGAACAGCUUCUCAGCCUCCAGUCAGGCCCCAACCUUGCCAAGUUCAUCCUGCUGGUCUCCUUACCCGGCGCCCCGCGAUUCCUAGCCUCCGACUGGGCAUACAAUCACCGAAAUUGGAUCUCGAAGAUACCUGUUUUCGGUACUAUAAGCCAGUUGAUUGAUGCCAUGUAUAGGAUUCGCAAAAUAUCUGUGCGAAUGCUUGACGAGAAGAUGAGAGAUUCCGAUCUGGUCCUGAAUGACUCUGAUGCGAAGCGAGAUAUUAUGAGCAUCCUCGUGCGUGCACGGAAGGCGGAGCUCGAUGGAGGCAAGGGCGAGUACGCCAUGAGCGACCGUGCCAUGAUGGAUCAAGUGCUCACUUUCUUGGGCGCUGGCCACGAGACCACGGCAUCUGGUCUAACUUGGACACUCUGGCACCUCUCCAACAACCUGGACGUACAGCAGCGUCUACGUGAUGAACUUUACCCGGUCUUCUCAGAGAACGCUCAUCCCGAUUACCGGACCCUCAAGGACCUACAGUGGCUCGACUGCGUCGUCAUGGAAAGCCUAAGAGUCAUGCCACCUGUCCCGCUGACGGUGCGCGUAGCAGCAAAGACGGACUACAUCGACGGUGUGCUCGUGCCCAAAGGAACUCUUAUCACGAUCCCUAUACGAGUUGUCAACACCUGGAAAGAGGUCUGGGGCGAGGACGCCGAGAGUUUCAACCCAGCACGAUGGCUCAGCCUCCCGAAGGAUUAUCACCCGACGUUCUCGAUGCUCUCCUUUAUCGCUGGUCCGCACGCGUGCAUCGGAAAGACCAUGGCCAUCAUCGAGAUGAAAGCCGUCCUCGCCGCCCUAAUCGUCAACUUUGAGUUCGAGCCCGCUUUCGCCGGGCAGGUGCCUAAACCUGCGGCUGCGAUCACCAUCAAACCGACCGAUGGGAUGCCUCUUCGCGUUCGAAGAGUGUCAACGCCUUCGAAUCCGACGCCCAUUCUCAAGUGA